AUGAGGGAGGUCAACUUCAGUAUCCCCAACGUCAAUAAGGCGUCCGUGGGAAUCACCACGGCCCUUUAUGACCGGCGGGCGCUUGACUGCACCUCAACCUUGCCGCUGAUUAACUCGCUCAACCACCUUGCCUACCUAACCACAUCCUCUGCUCGUAUCCGUGACAUUCUCACUGUCGAUGGAGGCAUCGAAAGACUUGUUUGUAUUCUCAAACAGGGGAGGAGCAAGGACAUGAUGGGCAUGUGGAAGUGGAAUCUUGCUUUCCAGUGCGUCGUGAACAUUGGUGUUCGUGGCACCGAGAAUGUUCGCACCAGAGUCGUUGAGGCAGACAUGGUCCCAGUCAUCGCCACCAUUCUGGAUAAUUACAUAAAAGUGAUGGACAAAUCCCGCGAAAAGGUCGAGGAAGCUAAGCAGAAGCAUGCCCACGAUCAUCACCACCACCGACACCGCGGGCACUCGAGGGCUUCUUCCUCGCUUACCUUUCCCUCUACUCCUUCUGAGCACGAGGAGCGACCGAAUCGUCGUCAGACUCCACAACCCAUCGACGUCGCAUCCAGCCUGGCUGGUCCAUCUACCGCUGUUGCUCGACAGAAUACAGAGAACACUCUGCCCACACCACAGAGCGGUAUUUCUUCACAGGAAACCCUGAGUUUCCUUCACAGCUCGCGUCGCCAUGGCUUUAGGGCGUCUGAGUCUAGAAAUGGCUCCCCCUCUGGUUCCGGCCAACGCAUGCUGCCACUGGGCGGUGCUGCUGCCCAAAUGGAUAACAUCGACUCUAUCAUCCGCCCUGUUAGGGAAGUUGAACGUCUUGUUUCUAUGGCACCCUUUGGUACUGAUCUGACCUCAUUGCCCACAUCCCCUACCACUCCUCUUCCUCCACCUCAAAUUCGCUCUCCUACAGUUCGCCCUACCUCAGUGGCACCUCCCACACACACAAGGAGAAGGCCCUCCAUCCGACACCAGAAUUCUACAGCGGACUCGGAUGAUAUCAAUACAGACGGUCUGCCGUCUGAUGAGUCACCCGACACCGACAUGAACGGAAAUACUGGUAUCCAAUCUGCUGUUGGUAUCCAGGAUAUCAUCAUGGAGGAUGGUGACAGCAUGCUUGCUGGCACCUCUAUGGAUUUGGCUACCCCUACGGUGUCGGAAACUCACCAGGAUGCUGAGACGUUUAAUAUCACGCACCGAAGCCCUAUUGAUGGCAAUGCCACACCCACCCCUGCACCUCAGUUGGGACUCUCCCCCAACCGCCCAACAAUGGUCACACCACCACAACCGCCUCUACCCAAUUCGACGGUUCCCCGAUACCUUCUCGAUCGUCAUAUUAUCCCCAGUGCAGAGCUGCUCGCGGUCAUGCCUCGCGAGGAGGAUGUCCUGAUGUCGCUGCAGCUUCUCGCCUAUGUGUCAAAGUACUGUGGUCUGCGUUCUUAUUUCCAAAAGAGCCACCUAGUUCCUAAGCUUAAGAUUGAUAAAGAGCUCGCCGGUGGCGUCACCGGCGAGGAAGCGGCCGAGACCGAAGAAGAUGAUGAAGAGGACGAGGAGUAUCUCCUUGCAAACGAUUUCAACCUCUUUCCUCUGGUUGAAAAAUUCACAGUCCGAUAUCACAGCACUGAUAUGCAGUACUGGGCUGGUGUUGUUAUGAGAAAUCUAUGCCGCAAGGACGAUACCCGUGGUGGCAUUCGGCAAUGUGCAUACUACCAGUGUGGCAAGUGGGAGGAGUACACGCGUCAGUUUGCCAAGUGCCGACGAUGUCGCCGCACCAAGUACUGCAGCAAAGAAUGCCAAAAGAGCGCCUGGGCCUUCCAUAGGCACUGGUGCGUGGCUGCCUCUCAAUAA